GGAACGACAACAAACUAUCUGCUCCGUCCUUACAACUCGCACAAUUACUGUUUUCUCCUCUACAUUUGUAAAGUUUUUCGUUACGCCAGCUCACCGGGGGGGGAAAGGAAAUGGAAAAUGUGCAUCUGGCAAUGGAGGAGGAUGAUCUUUACUCGGGCUAUAACGAUUAUAAUCCAACCUUUGACUCCGAGGAGUUGGAGAAUGAUGUGGACUUCCAGCAAGCUGUAAGGACAAGUCAUGGAAGAAGACCACCGAUGACUGCUAAAUUUCCUGGCACUGCCAUUGGAUCUCGGGCCUUAGGAACCUCCUUUGGGUCUCGAGUCCCUCUGGUCUCUUCGAUGGGAAGACCCAUGACUGGAGCUGUGCAGGAUGGAGCAGCUCGACCAAUGACUGCUGUCAGAGCAGCAGGUUACACGUCCUCCAUGGUCCGCGGCCCUACCUUUGAUCCUCUGGGCCAGUCCAAGGGCCCUGCUCCUCCACUUGAAGCAAAGAAUGAGGACACGCCCGAGGAGAAGAUCAAGAUCCUGGAGAAGAAAGUGAACGACCUGAUCGAGGAGAGCUGCAUGGCACACAGCAUCGGAGCCUUACAACUGGCUCUUGAAAAAGGCAAAGAGGCUGGGAGGAAGGAGAGGGCCCUCGUGAGACAGAGGGAACAGUCUGGGAAUGCUGAGCACAUCAGUUUAGACCUCACCUACUCUGUUUUGCUUAACCUUGCCAACCAGUAUGCAAACAAUGAAAUGUACCCAGAAGCCCUGAACAGCUACCAGGUCAUCGUUAAAAACAAGAUGUUCAGUAAUGCAGGCCGUCUGAAAGUCAACAUGGCCAACAUCUACGUCAAACAGAAGAACUACCCUAAAGCCAUCAAGUUCUACCGCAUGGCGCUGGAUCAGAUCUCCAACGCUCACAAGGAAAUGAGGAUCAAGAUCAUGCAGAAUAUUGGAGUGGUCUUUGUCCGCAUGGGUCAGUACUCAGACGCCAUAACGUCUUUUGAGCACAUCAUGAGCGAGAGUCCAAACAUCAAGACCGGCUUCAACCUCAUCCUGUGCUACUUCGCCAUCGGGGAUAGAGAGAGGAUGAAGAAGGCCUUCCAGAAGCUCAUCUCUGUUCCUCUGGGCAUUGACGAUGAAGACAAGUACAUCCCGACUAAUGACGACACCAGCUCAAACAUGGUCAUUGAAGCCAUUAAGAACGACAAACUUCAUCAGAUGGAAAGAGAUCUGAAAGUCCUGGCUGAGAAGUACAUCAUGACUGCAGCCAAGCUCAUCGCUCCGGCCAUCGAGACAUCUUUUGCCACUGGAUUUGACUGGUGUGUGGAAAUGGUGAAAAGUUCUCAGUAUGUCGAGCUUGCAAACGAUCUGGAGAUAAACAAAGCCAUCACCUACCUGAGACAGAAGGACUUUAACCAGGCUGUGGAGACACUGAAGACGUUUGAAAAGAAGGACAGCAGAGUGAAGAGUGCUGCAGCCACAAACCUCUCUUUCCUCUACUUUUUGGAGAAGGACUAUGACCAGGCUGACCGAUAUGCCGACCUCGCCAUGAAUGCUGAUCGCUACAACCCCGCAGCACUUAUCAACAAAGGCAACACGGUGUUCGUCAAGCAAGACCACGAGAAGGCUGCAGAGUUCUUCAAAGAAGCUCUGAGGAACGACUCGUCCUGCACGGAGGCCCUCUAUAACCUCGGUCUAACAUAUAAGAGACUGAAUCGUCUGGAGGAGGCUCUGGACUGCUUCCUGAAGCUCCAUGCUAUUCUGAGGAAUAGCGCCCAGGUCAUGUACCAGCUGGCCAACAUAUAUGAGCUUCUGGAAGACACUCAGCAGGCGAUCGAGUGGUUAAUGCAGGUCAUCAGCGUAACUCCCACUGACCCCCAGGCACUGGCCAAACUGGGAGAGCUGCACAGUGGGGAGGGGGACAAAUCUCAGGCUUUCCAGUACUACUACGAGUCCUUCAGGUACUUUCCCUCCAACAUUGAUGUGAUAGAGUGGCUUGGUGCUUACUACAUCGAGACGCAGUUCUGUGAAAAGGCCAUUCAGUACUUUGAAAGAGCCACACUCAUACAACCCACCCAGGUGAAAUGGCAGCUCAUGGUGGCAAGCUGCUACAGGAGAAGUGGAAACUACCAGAAAGCUCUGGAAACGUACAAAGACAUUCAUUGCAAGUUUCCAGAAAACGUCGAAUGCCUGCGUUUCUUGGUGAGGCUGUGCACCGAUAUGGGACUCAAAGAAGUCCAAGAAUAUGCCACCAGGCUGAAGAAGGUGGAGAAGAUGAAGGAGAUCAGAGAACAGAGGGUGAAGUCCGGGCGGGAGGGCAGCACCAGAGGUCGGAGAGAAGGCAGAGAGGGCAGCGCUGGGAGUGCUGGCGUCUCCACACCUGUCCUCACCCCCCCUAAGAAGACCGGCACUAUGGACAUGGAAGUUAAAGCAGUUUCUCAAUCUGAGCCUAAACAACCCAGUCCACUGUUGGACUCAGGGAGAGACAGUGGCCACAGCAGCAACAGCACUAAAGGAGAGCGUCUGAGCGCCAAGAUGAGGUCACUUCCUGGUUCGAAUGAGCCCUACGAGGCGAGCAGCCCGAAAGAGAUCGAUGCAUCUUACGUGGACCCUCUGGGGCCUCAUAUGGAGAGGCCGAAGACGGGCGCCAAGAGACGCGUGGAGGACGACGACUUUGCAGACGAAGAGCUCGGAGACGACCUGCUGCCCGAGUAGAUGCUCUGACGCCUUCAGACCAAACUGUCAGAACAUUUCUUAUUAACUCUUCUGAAAGGCAGGACACCCAAACGUUCCAGGAUGUUUUAUAUUUCAGGGGUACUGAUGAGAGUCCAGUCACUCUGCUGUUGUGACUUCUGAGUGUAGGAGUGUGAUGUUUAAUAACUCAUCUUUGCCUUAAAUCUAAAUAUCUUUUAGAUCUAGUUGUAAAUCUGAGGCUCAGUUCUCGAAGAUAAAUAUUUAUUUAGAGUUUCUGCAUACAUGCAAAGCUCUACAGCUGUUUGCAUUUCCAUCUUCUUCUAUUAGGACAGUUUUCUUCCAGCUCUGAGCUCCUGCAGAAAACAUUUUAAAAAAAAAAACACUGACACGGAAAUUCAAGUUUUCAAAUUCGACUCUGAGCUAACGGUGAUUACAAACAUAUUGGAUGGAGUGUUUAUAAAUUCCUGAGUUUUCUGGAGAACACUUUUCCUCCCACGAGUACAACUUCUUCAGCGCUCACCCGAUACGCUCGUGAACGCCCUCACACACCCUGAAAGCCCUUGAAUCCAGCGAUGGGGCGCGGAGCCAAAACAAUGAGAAACAUAUCACUGUCCUGGUCAUUUUCGACUGCGCUGUACGUUUCCAUGUGUGAGCGUGGGAACCUUCUGGAAAAUGCAUCAACAUGGAGAUACCAAACCCAGAGAAAUACGUCCAUGUGCCGCCCUGUUCCUGUAGUUUUAUACAUCUUCUACUUAUUCUAAAGAAUGUUGGAGUGUAAUAUUUAUUUUUCUAGUUUGUUACUUUGUUGAUGUACAUUGUAUAAUUAAAAUAUUUAAAUACUUUA